AUUGAAUUAUGCAGAUAUGAAGAUCAUCUUCUAGGUUUUUAAAAAAGGCCUCGGAUAUUUCAAGUGGCCAUUUUGGAAUUACAGUUCUGUUUUUUUUUCUUUUUUUGGGUAAUUUUGCCCCAGAAGUUUAUUAAAAUUGACAAGAAUCAUCUCUGAAGUGAAUUGAUAGUAGUAAGCCAAUUCAACAAGCUGCUAAAAGACCCAGUCAUUUCUUCAGUAUUUUGGUUCAAACGGAUUAUAUAAGUGGUUAAAGUAUUUCGUCUGGUGUUAUUUUCGUCUCUUCCCCCUCUCCUGUUGGUGUUCUUCAGCCAAAACUGUAAGAUAUGUUUGAUUUGUGUACUGAGUAGUUUAAAAUUACUGUUUAAAUAUUGCUGAAGUUUCGUGGCAGUUCUUUUUACCUUUAUUGAAAGUUUUAGUAAUUUUUGACUUCGGCUCUUUUCCUAUUACAAUGGGACAGCUUUUCUAAAUGAAGACAUUGAAAGAAUACAGAGUUUUUUCCCUUUUCCCUUUUCCUUACUUGGGAGAGUAAGAUGUUCCGGUGUCACACCAGCAUGGUAGGAUUGAGAUAGCCAUUUGUCUCUGUGUAUGCUGAUGUGUAGAAGUAAGCUUCAGAUGUGAAGUUUUCUUUUUCUGCUUUCUGCACAUAAAUUGGAUAUUUCAUCUGGAGUGGAUAAGUACAACAGUGACAAAUACAUGGAAUAAUAAAGAAGACCUUGCUCUUGAAUCCAAGGAACUUGGCUAAUUCUGGAUAGAGCCAUAUGAAAACUUCAAAACAAAUAUGGGUAGCUGACUUCAAAUAACUCUAUGUCAAAUAGUCGUAGGUUAAGUAUCUUCAAAGAACUUGGAUAUUUCAGAGGAUACAAAAUAAAAAAACAAACUGGAAAACAUAAAGCUUAUAGAGAAAAAACCAGCACCUUCCUGUGCAGUCCUCUUGGAAUUUGGACUUGCCAUGAGGUGUUGAAGCCUUGUUUCACUGAGUUGGAGAGACUGGACCUAAAUGGCGCAGCAUGACUUUGCUCCAGCCUGGCUUAAUUUUCCUACUCCGCCAUCAUCAACAAAGUCAUCACUGAAUUUUGAGAAGCAUUCUGAAAAUUUUUCAUGGACAGAAAAUCGUUAUGAUAUGAGUCGUCGACGACACAACUCUUCAGAUGGCUUUGAUUCUGGUAUUGGACGUCCUAACGGAGGUAAUUUUGGGAGGAAAGAAAAAAAUGGAUGGCGUACGCAUGGCAGAAAUGGUACAGAAAACAUAAAUCAUCGAGGGGGAUACCAUGGUGGAAAUUCCCGUUCUCGUAGCAGUCUUUUCCAUUCUGGAAAAAGCCAAGGACUACAUGAAAACAGCAUCCCUGACAAUGACACUGGGAAGAAAGAAGACAAGAGAGAACGCAGACAGUUUGAGGCUGAGGACUUUCCAUCUUUAAAUCCUGAAUAUGAGAGAGAACCAAAUCAGAAUAAAUCUUUAGCUGCGGGUGUAUGGGGCCUACACGCCCAGACACACACAUACCCAACCAAAAAAAUCUCCCAAGCUCCUCUCUUAGAAUAUCCCCCGAAUCCUAAAUCUAGAGCUCCAAGAAUGCUGGUCAUUAAGAAAGGUAAUACAAAAGACUUACAGCUAUCUGGAUUCCCAGUAGCAGGAAACCUUCCGUCACAGCCAGUUAAGAAUGGAACUGGUCCGAGUGUUUAUAAAGGCUUAGUCCCCAAACCUGCUGUUCCACCUACAAAACCUACACAAUGGAAAAGCCAAACUAAAGAAAACAAAGUUGGGACUUCUUUUCCUCAUGAAUCUACAAGGUAA